AUGACUACUACAUCUACCGCGGCACAUUUAACAAUAAUUCUAAUGAAUCCAAUUACUACUCAAUAUGCAAUUUUAAAAUCAAAUAUACAUAAUCCCAUACUGGUUGAUGCUAAAUUAAUCAAAAUAAAUUUAGAAAAUAAAUUCAUGAUACUUUAUGGAUUAUUACAUAAUCAACGUUGGGGAUUUCGUGAAGUUGAUGAUGAUACAAAAUUAGAGGAGUUAAUAGUGCAUAGUUAUGAUAUUAGAUUGAAAGAAAAACGUAUUAUUCAUUUUAUGAAAGAUGUUAUUCUUGUAGAUUUACAGAAAAAUAAUCUACAUUCUUUAAAUGCAUAUAUUAAAACAAUUGAUGCUGUUACAAAUAUUUCAUCUAUGAAACAAUACAUUCAAAAAGGACAGAUUAUUCCUAUUGUUACUAAUUGA